UAGAUCUUCAUUUCUAAGCGCAUACUUCAAAGCCAUUUUAAGCAGGUAAAUUGAAAUAAGAACGGCUGGGAAUUCCAAAGUCUAUUUAAAUCUCCCGUACUACGUCGUGAAAAAUGGACACCAAUAGAACACCCAAAGUUGAAGAAGCCAUGAAGAAUAUGUCCAGGGCAUUAUAUGCGGGAAUGUGUCUCAAAAUAGGGACAGCUCAGCAGAUUGGAUUUAGAAGAGAAAUAGCAGACACUGACGAGUUGUUGACAAACCAAGCAGAUAGGAGUACUGCAAUGAAAAAGGUGGAGAGUGGAAGUCACAAAGAAGGCUUCAGACUAGAUGAAUCAGACAUAGACUUUAUGAUCUUGCUAACUGAACACAGGGUGGUGUGGCACUCGUCUCAGUUUCACUUUUCCGACAUGCUCGAUCUGGCACUGAUUCUCUGUGACAGUUCUGGGAGUCCGCCGGGAUAUACUCUACUUCGGUUACCAUUUGAAGUAGCAAGCGAUGUUGUGUUGUCGGCAUGUAUAAGGGUAAAUGGACACCUUUACAUAUCAAGUUCCAAAUGCAGAGAGGCAAUGCGACCAUUAUCCUUACUAGGUUCAACAAUUCAUGGGCCUUGUAGCAAUGGAAUAUUGGCUGGUUUAGAGUACGAUCAAGCCUUUUGUUUUGUCAGUGAUUUUUGGCCUCCUUUUGCUUCUUCAUGGAAAGACAGGUGUCAUUCAUGGCCAUGUCCUAAUGUUGUCAAUGACAUCAUUAGAAAUGGAUGCCACUUUGCAGCAAUUGGACACAAACUAGGAAAUCUUGCAGACCAUGAAUGGAGAAUUUCUUUCUCUCAAGCGGAACACAAACUUGUAUAUUCAAUGAAUCAUGCUCAAUUCUUAACUUAUGGAAUGUUGAAACUGUUUCUAAACGAAAUCAUAAACAAUGAACUAGAUGAAGAAGAUCAACAAUUGUGUUCUUACCAUAUGAAAACAGCCGUUUUCUGGGCCAUUCAACAAAACUCACUUCUUCAUUGGUGUCCAGAAAAUCUCCUUGCUGGUUUUUGGGUUUGUUUUAAACUCCUCCUCAAGUGGGUAUAUGAAGGGGUCUGCCCUAACUUUUUUAUUCCACAGAACAACUUGUUUUUUGGCAAAGUAUGUGGACAGCCACAGAAGAAUUUAUUUGUUUUCUUAUACAAAAUGUAUGAACAUGGCAUUAAUUUUCUGCUACAAAGUCCCACCAUCGGUUCUUACAUUAUUGACGUCCUUUGUAAUCCCAGACUUUGCAUUACUACAGACGAACACAGUCUGAUGUCUGAGGCUGAAGUUGAUGAUGAUUUUUUUAGUGAAAUGUUUAAGAAUGAUACACUUUAUAUGUCAAACUUACAAGAUUGUAUCAAAUUUUUGGUCAUGGUAGAAAAGUUGGUAGAAUCUCCACUGACAGACUGCCAAGUUGUCAUGUUACAGAAACAUACAGCCUCUGUUUUACAGAGAACUGCUUCCAUAUUACCAACCUAUUCCGAUAGUAUACUUUCCAACAAAGAAAUGUAUGUUGCUGAAAAGUUAUCGGGUUGUCUUUUGAAAUUAGCCGCCCAAUUUGGUUUUGUUUCUGACAUACUGUACAUUGCCUUGUUUUAUUACAAAUCACGUAGAUAUAGGAACGCUUCACAUGUGUUAGAAUUGGCAAAGGUCAAGUUAGUACAACCAUAUCUAAUGUAUAAUGAACAAGUAGACGGGGAGAUGUAUACCGAGGCUGUAGGGGGACAACCCUGGUCUAUUAAGAUGAGGAAAGCUGUAGCACGGGAUAUAAUUCUCUACAAUGAUAUAUGUUAUGUUAAGGAAUUAGAACCAGAACACCAGUUUUUAAGCCACAGCCUUAGAGAUGCAAUGUUUGUCCCGCCCUUUAUUAUAUUACAUAUGUUAGAGUUUUUAUGCUGUCGACAAACUGACACAAUGAAAGCACAAACUGCACUAGAAGACCUACAAUUCUUAGUCCACCAUGAUGAGAAUGAGUUCAUACCUAUCCCUCUUAGAGACAUCUCCUGGGAGAUCCUGGGGAUAUGUCACCAGAUGGCAGGGAACCUCCAGGCUGCUCGAUAUUCAUACCAACAGUCACUCAGACAAGAUCCACUCCAUGAAAUACAGACUGUUACUCGACAGAGAAUCCAAGAAUUACACAUGUAAAGAUCACAUGGUUGGUAAAUCUCGCGAAUAUUAUCACCCAUUAUAUCAAAAACAUUUGUGGCAAUUUUUGUUAAAGAGUUUAAAUGGUGAAUCAUUUUGAAGAUUUUUGAAACCCAACAGUGCUUGAUUUUGCAUUUUAUUCAUCCGUUUUUUGUUUCUGUAAAUAUUAAUCCGUCAAAAAAUUUUUCUGCUUUGAUUUUUAGACUAUCAAACACAUCGUCCAGUGGAACUUUUUCUGCUCUUUUAAACUUUUAUCAUGUUUCCUUUUGAUCUAUGAAACCAUGUUGUAGCAAGUUAAGUACGCGUCUUCGCAUUUAAAAAAAUAUUCUGGUUUGAUGUGAUAUUAUCAAUAUCUUUUCUUCAUUUUUAUUCAUUGCAUAUGCGAGAAAGAACGACAAAUCUUCAUUGAUAUCAUAGAACAAUGAGUGAGGAGGGUGGUUUGUGUUGCUUGUUAUUAAAGUAUUUUGCGUCGAAAUAUUGCAUAAUUUAUAUCCAAAAUACAUUUCUGCAAAAUAAUGAAUUAAAUAUAGUUUAUUUAGCUCAUAUAUACAUUUUUUUCAAAUGAUAAUAUCAAUGAAUUAAAAUCUAAACGAAUACUAAAUUUUUUGAUAAAUUAUUUGUUGUGGACAAAUAAAGAAAAAAACUGUUGCUUAUUUUCU